AUGUACAACUUUUGCUCUGAGUCUGACUGGUCGACUAAAAACGAAGUAGGGCUAGCCGGGCCGCUUUUUUGUGCCAACUGGAAUUUCCAAACUACAUCUGGAGGCCCUGUUUUGGUCGACAUUCGAGACCUGUGCACGACUUUCGUGCGCGCCGUCGAAAAAGAUGAAGCCAACGGACGUCGAUUUGUUCUAGGCUGCUCUAACGUUUCUAUUUUUCCGUCGGAAUUCGUAUCAAUUUUUGCCAAGGAGUUUCCUGAACGCGCACACUUAUUGUCUUCUGUGCCAGUGGAUCUUGUCAACACGCCCGUGUUCACCAUCGAUAGCAGUGAGACUGAAAGAGCACUUGACAUGAAGUUCAGAUCGCCGGAAGAGACACUAAUCGAUACUGCGAGGUGGAUGAUAGAUAAUGGCGGGGAGCAAGCUUGGAAAGGUGUUGAAACAAGAUAUUAG